AUGUUGCAUGAGAAACUGAACUCCUUGCUGCCCAUCAGGGGACUGUGGGAAGCCAUGCGUAUCGGCGUGCUGCAUAAAAUCACGGCGAUGCAUUGCGACGAGGCCAUCUGCUGUUACUGGGAUCACAUUUUGCAGACGUUUUUGAGGAUUGUGGGAGGCCAAGAGCAGCUGCUUCCCUUCAUUGAUGGCGUGACGGUGCAGUUACUUGACUCCCGUGUCCCACAGGUUUCCGCGAGAGACCGCCGAUUCCUCCAGAAGAAAAUGGACGAUGGCAAGCUUUUUCCCAAUGUGGAAGAUCGAGUUCGCGAGGAGAUUUGGCGCAACCUGAUUGAGGUCGCCCACCCUAUCCCCACGCUACGAACGUUCUUCAAAGACCGUGUCUACCUCGAAGUGGCCCAGAGCCUCUACAGCUUAUGGGAUACUGCUGUGCCGAUGCCAAUGGCGAUGCGAGAGGAAUGCCUUAAACCCGAUCUUCUGGAAUUCUGGCGCUUCUGUUUCCAAUACGGAUUCGAGAUGACCGACCACCGCCGCUUGAAAACAUAUCACCUGCAUGAUGGAGAGCAGCCACCACUCAACGGGGGGGAAGCCGUGAUUCCGAGCGAAUCGGAGUUGUGGGCGCACUUUUAUGCUCUGAUGAGAGCACGGGGCUUCAGGCCGCAGGAUGGGAGCACCAUCGCAAAUCCCACCGUACCGCUACCGGUCCUGUUACCUUGCGAGUACCCCUCGGACCCGGCCGAAGAAAUCGAACCGGCCAAGCGAUGUGGGAAACCGUAUAGCGCAUCCGCUGCUGCGGACCGGUUCGCUUUGACGGCUGCAAUGGUGCAGCAACAGUCGGUGCCUGGGCGCGUCACUGCGGGAUUUCUUCGCCGUACAGUCUUCGACGCCUUCUUCGGCUACCUAAAGAGCCCAGGUAAUCGUCAAGAUCAAUCCACGUUUGAGCCCCAGCCCGGGCCAACAGAGGCGGAAGUAGAAGGCCAGGCAGAUGCAAGCAGCGAGGCGAUCCUGCCGAACGAAGGGAACUCAGCAUCCCACGAAUCGACGAACAAUGUGUCGCAUGCAGGGGGUGUUCUGCCGGGGACGGAUCUCCUCAGCGAAUCUGCUGGCUUGUCGACGGUCUCGAAUGAUUCCCCGUCGCACCCAGUCGUCGUCAAUUUCAAGUUCCUGGGGCUCCCUGAGGACCAAGAGCAACGGACGAUGGAAUUCAAUCCUCAAUGGAUCGGUGAACUCGGCAACAGUCUCGAUGAAUACUCCCUCCGGCUAGUGGACCCCCUCACUGAGCGCUCAGUCCCACCAGGACGCAUGUACGACUUCUGGCAAAGUUCCCCGGGCUCGGAACUCGACGCCAGACCCAGCAAUGGGAAUGACGUGGCACUACACACCGAUAACGCGAGGAAAAGGGGAUAUCGAGAGUGCUUUCCUGACGGUGAUCCAUACGAUGAUCCGCACGCGAAAGCAAGAAGAUUCAUCCUGGGGCACCCAGGACUACAAUCAGCACAACGAAGCAAAAGGCCCUAUCCAAGGAGAACAAACCAUAACCCGGGGCGGGUCGUUAAUAGGUUCGAUGGAGAUCUGAGCGUUCCCGCCUUUACUCUCGAUCCCGUCCAGUCAAUGUCCAAUUCUGGAGUCUACGGCCCGUGA